CCCGAGCCCGAGCGCCGGGGGCGACGCCCAAUGGCCGCGCUGGACGAGCUGUCCGGGAAUUUCACGUACGGGGCGCCGGGCGCCGGCAACGGCUCCCUGUCGGGCGCGUGGUACCGCAGGAACCAGUUGCAUCUUUUUGGAGUUUUGCUGGCCAUUUUAGGAAACUUGGUAAUCAGCAUUUCCCUAAAUAUUCAGAAAUACUCUCAUCUUCAGUUGGCACACCAAGAACACCCAAGGCCAUUCUUCAAGAGCGUGUUGUGGUGGGGAGGAGUUCUACUGAUGGCCAUGGGAGAGACGGGCAACUUCGCAGCCUAUGGAUUUGCCCCUAUUACUCUCGUCGCUCCGUUAGGCUGUGUGUCUGUUACAGGUAGUGCCUUUAUUUCUGUUAUGUUUCUGAAAGAAAAUUUGAGAGCUUCAGACUUACUAGGUAUGACAUUGGCAUUUGCAGGAUCAUAUUUAUUGGUGAACUUUGCUCCAAAUAUAACUCAGGCUAUCUCUGCAAGAACAAUACAGUAUUACUUCGUUAGCUGGCAGUUCCUGAUCUAUUUGAUUUUAGAAAUAUUCAUUUUCUGCAUUCUCCUAUAUUUCUAUAAAAGAAAAGGAAUUAAGCACAUUAUGAUUCUACUAACCCUGGUGGCACUUCUAGCCUCAUUGACUGUUAUUUCAGUAAAAGCUGUCUCAGGCAUGAUCGCUUUUUCUGUGACGGAUAAAAUGCAACUAACUUAUCCCAUUUUCUACAUAAUGUUUAUCAUCAUGAUAGCAUCUUGUGUUUUCCAAGUCAAGUUCCUGCAUCAAGCCACGAAACUCUACAAUACAGCCGUGGUGGUGCCAGUCAACCACGUUUUCUUUACAACCAGUGCUAUCAUUGCAGGUAUCACGUUUUAUAAGGAAUUCUUUGGUGCAGCUUUUCUCACAACAUUUAUAUAUUUUUUUGGGUGUUUUCUGUCAUUCCUUGGUGUGUUUUUGGUCACAAGAAAUCGAGAAAAGGAACAUCUGCCACAGUCUUACAUUGAUUUUGGAAAUAUUCCUGGGGAACGAAAGCUGGAUAAAAUACAACCAGAUUCAAACGGCUUAUCCUAUGGAACUCUGCCUGAUGGAAGUGACCCAACAAAGAGCCCGAGUGGAGGGAAGAAAGAGGUCUGAAGUGCCCGGAGGGAUGGCUGCCGGCCUGUUAUUCGAUACCGCCUCUUAGAAACUGCACAUGUUCAAUUUGUGUCAGCAGCUAUUUGUCGCUGACAUGUGCGAGCGCUCAUGCCAGUUCUUCCCCGCCCCGCUCCUGGGGACGCGCAGGCCUCCCUAAGCUGUGGCCGUCGAAUGUUCUCGUGGAAUGUAGCUUGAAGUGCCCCCCACACCGUGGACCUCUCGCUGGUGAUCAGCUGGCCAGCUGGGUCUUCCCCGAGCCUGGCUGCCCGCGCAGGGAUGUCGCAGAGAACACGCCCAGACACCCGGCUGUACGCACGCUGCUUCUCCGGCCGCCCAGAUGUCAGUAUGUCCGUCACUCUGCUUUAGAGACACUUGACCUCCCAGCCUUACUCCUGAAGCAAAGGCUUGAGCGCAUUCAUUUAUUCAAAGUAUUUUCUUAAUCGGCCCAUAAAGAACUCACUUUUCUGUUCCUAAAUGAGAACGGUGAGUCAUCUUUUCUGAAAACUAGUCCUACUAUAACCCUCCUUUAAAAAUUAAGGGUGGCCCGGCUG